GACGUCUCGCUCUUGAUUGCCUAUGUGUCGUUGAUUUCAAUGGCCAUCUUGCCAAUCUUCUUUGGCUCCUUUGCCUCUCUUCGAACACCAAAGUCGGUUCUCAAGGCUCGCAAAGCGCUUAAGAAGGCGAAGGCAAGCAAGAAUGACAAGGGUCAAGAAGAGGACGAGGAAGACGACGACGAUGAUGAUGAUGAGCCCGCUGCGUCGGAGACGCUUACCUCAUCCGAUGCCUGGCUGUUCCCAGUCGUGGGCAGCUGUGUAUUGUUCUCCAUGUACCUCGUAUUCAAAUUUCUAGACCGCAAGUGGGUGGACAGAAUCCUGGGGUCCUACUUCGCCUUUGCGGGCACUGGAGCUGUAUUCAAGGCUAGCCUCUCCAUCGCGGCCGGAGUGUUUGGGACACGAGCCUGGCGCAGCAAGCUCACUUACAGACUUGCGAUCACGAAGAGACUCUCGGACGAGGAGCUUCAGGAGGAAAUAAGAGCAAGGGAUAAGGCAAACAAAGAAACGUUGCUCCCCGUCGUCACAUUCUACACCACCCGACACUGGAUGUGUUCGAACGUCAUCGCUCUCUCUCUGUCCCUGCAAGCCAUAUCCCUGAUGGGCCUGGAUUCUUUUCUCACCGGAUCAAUCAUGCUAGGGGGACUCUUUGUCUACGACGUCUUCUGGGUCUUUGGCACCGAGGUGAUGGUUUCAGUUGCUCGCAAUUUCGAUGCUGGGCCGAUCAAGAUUCUCUUCCCAAAGAAUCUGCCAGACGCUGCGACUCUAUUCGGGCAUGCCUUCUCCACGUUCAGGGCUGCGCCCCAGUGGCAGAUGACGAUGCUCGGCCUGGGUGACAUUGUCAUCCCUGGAAUAUUCGUUGCCUUGUCCCUCCGCUUCGACCAACAUCUAUAUCUCUCAACGCUCUCGGACAGCAAGCUAGCUACCUUCACCCGUCGCGAUGCCUCCUUCCCAAAGCCUUACUUUACUGCUACCCUGACAGCCUACAUCGUGGGCCUGAUAACUACAAUGGCUGUCAUGCACACAUUUCAGGCCGCCCAGCCUGCCCUGCUAUACCUCAGUCCAGCUUGUGUGGGCGCUGUCACCUUGAAGAGCCUGCAGAGGAGCGAAUGGAAAAGGGUCUGGGCCUGGCAGGACGAGGAGGAAGAGAAACAAGUGAUGAUUGCCAAGGAG